AUGCCCCCGCGCUUGGGGUACAAAAAGUCUCGAAGGGGUUGCAUGCGCUGUAAACAACGACGCGUCAAGUGUGAUGAGAAGCAGCCUUGCUCAGCGUGCGAGAGACACGGCUUAUCCUGUGUCUACCAGGAACCCUCGGAAGUACGAAGAGGGCGUUCAGCUGAUAAGCCCGAUACCCUGAGAGAUGAUCGUCAGAAAAGCUCAAAUGCCGACUCGUCGAUCGCGAGCCCGGAUCCAUUGCCGUACCUAGCCAAGUUCGUCACAGGCCAAGAGUCAAUAGAGCAGAGCACUUGGCUCACGGAUCUUGAGCUGAUGCACCAGUAUUCAACGUCUACUUACCUUACCCUUCCGCGAGCAGAUGAACUUCGGCAGAUAUGGCAGAUCGAGCUACCCAGGCUAUCGCUGAGCCAUGUUUAUCUACUCCACCAAGUUUUGUCUGUGUCUGCAUUCCACUUGGCCUCACUGCAUCCAGAUCGACCAGAUUACGCUAUCUGUGCGUCACAACAUCAGAAUAAAGCUAUUGGUGGUCUUCGUUCAGCUGUCGCAUGCAUCACUGAAGAGAGCUGCGUGGAGAUCUUUUUAUCAUCCUCACUACUGGGUAUUGGGGCGUUUGCUGGUCUCGGCGCUCACAAUGCUGGACAACAGCCUCGCAUUGACGAUCUUCUCGAUGUUUUUGUGCUUAUUCGGGGCAUGAGCGACAUCUUGAACAGAUAUGAACCACUGCUCAAGGAGAGCAGGAUUGGGCAUCUAUUCGUCCUUGGAAGCCAGUCUAACUCAACGCCUCUUCUUGACGCCACGCUCACGCAGCUUCGACAAAUUGUCAUACCAGAUGGCUUCGACGACAGGGGAAUCGCGAUAUGUCAAGAAUCAAUCGCAUCAGCAAUCACAUGGACAGAAAAUCAUACCAGGGCAACGACUAAGCCUGAUGAACGAAUCGCCAUGACUUGGUGUUUAUCUGUCAGCUCCGAAUUUCUGGAUCUCAUCAGGCAGCGACACCCUGUUGCUCUUUGUAUCCUCGCGCAUUAUUGUGUCAUAUUGGAUCGAGUUGGAAGAUCACAGUGGUUCAUGAGGAAUUGGGGGAAGCCGGUACUGCAAGACAUUCGGAAUGAAAUGGGAGCACGAUGGUCACCGAUGCUGCAGUGGUGUUUGGCAGCUGUCGAAUGUGAGAAAAAUGCUUAA